CCUUGCGGAAUUAUCCACUACCCCACGACUGUGUUGCUCAUUCCCGGACUAACUGACUACGGAAUAUUACAUUUCUGGCGACCCUGCCAGGAUUCGUCAUGCCGAAGAAAAGUGACCCGGAGAAAUUGCAAGAAAAAGAGCCUACAGUGGGUUUUGGAACCCUCAACUUCCCAACUUCUCGCCGUGCUGUCCUCUGUAGUCCGAGGUGGACAGGUGCACACGCAACCCUCCCCGAGCUUUCCCCCACCAAAGAAAUUCUCAUUGGGCGACGAUUUCCGGCGCUGGGCGGCAUAUGCACAAGAGUAUGUUGAGCUUUUCACCCCGAGCGAUCGGCGGCGUGUAUUGUUCUCACUUUUGGAAGGUGAAGCCAAAGACAUAGCGCGUGGCCUAAUUCGGCCCGGUUAUCAGAUAUCCGCGAACACCUUCUCCCGGCUACGGCAGAACCUCACCGACGACACCGACAGACUAACCGCUCGCUACAAAUUUCAAACGACAAUUCAACAGCCCGGCGAAAAUAUCCACUCGUUCGUCCGAUAUCUGCGCCGCUGGGCCGAAGAUGCAUUUCCAGAACUGGACGAAGAAAGCAGGGACUGCAAGAUCCUGGACCAGGUGUGCAUUUGUGUCCGACACCCCGAGCUCGUCAAGAGGUUCAGAAGACAGCCGCCAUUGACUUUACAAGAUGCACUGGAGACGGGGCAUGAAAUAGAACAGCUCGAGAACGUUCUCCGCGAACAUCAACUGGGACUACCUGAGAACUUUGCCCUUAUCCAUACACCGAACACCAGUGGCCGGUUUGCAGACACCCGAGGGUUCCAAGGACCACAUUCCCGUCGAUAA